GAAAUUCUGAAAAAUUCCGAAAAUACAGACACAAGAACGAAACCCUCGGGUGAAAGAAGGGAAAUUCGACUGUAGAGAGAAAAAUAAAAGCUAGAAAAAGAAGGAAACAAUUCGGUAAUCUUUGUUUUUUUAUUUUGAAAUCAAUCAAAAAUGGUGGAACGAAGCAAAGCUGAGAUUCCAGGAAAAUACGAUUUGAAUGAGAAAUGGGAUGCCUGCCUCGAUUUGGGCGUUCGCCGUUUCGUGUACUCGUCGUUUGCUGGCGCCUUCGCCGGACUUCUUCUUUUCCGAAGUCCUGUAACACGCUGGGCAUCUGUAGCUUUUGGUGCUGGGGUGGGGAUUGGAUCUGCAUACUCUGAAUGUUCUCAUAAAUUUAAUGGGUCUCCACCGAAACUGACCCCUAACAUUUUUGGCACCCCUCCCUCCAAGGCGGGGGAUGAAUGAAGCUUUUCCUGGGCAGGUUUUCCCAUAACUUGGACUUCCAUUUCCCUGCGAUUGUUUUUCUUCACUUGUUAAUGUAUUGCCAGGACGUUUUGACCUUUUAAACAAAAACUUUGAUGUAUUCCGCUACUCAUGAAUGCUAUUUUCCUUUGUUUUUCUUUUUCAUUUUUCUUUGUAUCACUCUAUUACCAAGAGGAGUUGAAUAGGGAAGAAGGAAGACAAUAGUUGCUGUCUGUUGGAGGUCAUUUAUGAGGCAUGUUCACUCAACAUACAAUGAAAGUCCCCGGUAUAUAUGAGUUUGGUAUAUUGGGGAAUUUCACAAAAGACUGUAAAUUUCUUGUGCAAAUUUGAGUUUCUAAUUUCAUUUAAUAAAUAGUGGAUGCAUUUGGAAGAAUUAUUGCAUCUGACAUUGAUGA